GACCACUACUCAUUCCUAUUUCUGUUGUGCUUCGUCAAAUGUCAAAAUCACCCAGGUCCAACUUUUGCAAAACAAACUUACAAGCAAUUUUCAUGGGUAAAACCUCGUCGUUUUCCGUACUCCACUUCAGUAGCAUACUUACUUAUACCAUACAAACUUUUCACAAAUAUAUACUCUUCUACUUACGUUAACACAAAAUAUACAGGAUCCACGGUUAACACCAACGCGCUGUAUUUUUUACACGGUGCGUUUUUUAUAAACAUUUCCCGAAUGCUUCUCUGAUUAGUUCGACUUUGAUUCUGUUCUGUCUGUGAUUCAUUCAUUACACAAUAUGCAUGUUGUUCAUCUUAUUAUAACACGAGUGGAAAACAGUUGUAAAAUGUGAUUUUAUUAGAAACACGGCACAUUUAGAACGGAUCUUUUUGAUUUUGGUUUGACAGCGGUUGGCUUUUAAUACGUACAUAAAUCACAUUAAAAUACUCAAGAAAUACUCCAGUUCACUCAUGGAAUCGAACAAAGUUCACGAUGUCACGAUGACAAGUGGGGACGUUGAAGAGGAAAAUGAUGGCGUAUUAAAAGACGCUGUCCUUGGCUUUUUGGGAAGUUUUAAUUCAUACGCGACCAAAAAGACGGCUGGUCAAGGGCUCCUGGAUUUUGCCCUGUUGGCCGCAAAUAUUUCGAAGCUACAGGAUUUAUUCAGGAGAAAGCGACGCGAUGCGGUUUUUUACGUGCUGACCACGAUUAUCUGCGUUUCCAUUGCGUUACAGCUAAUUGUGGGCGUCAUGAUGGCUGUUAUUGGAAAGAUGAAUCUCAAAACGGAGGAGAAUAGGAAAAAGGCUAAUUUUCUUAAUAACGUCAUCACCGUUCUGCUAUCGGUUAUCACUUUUGUUAACAUUAUCAUCUCCGUGACCGAUGUGUCCGCUGGGGAUUAGGAGGAACAUUACCAAAAAUAUAGAUAUUAUUUCCCAGUUAGUUAAUUGCUAUUAAAUAGUAUAUAUCUUCCGGUUUUGUAUAACAUAUGAAUGUUGUAGGAAUCUUAUGCAAUUUGUAAGAAGAAUUUUUAUUUGACAGAAUUUGACGUGCUAUUUACCAGCUUAAAUCUUCAGUCCAUUUAAUUACUUCAUUAAGUAUAAUUUUGACAAUGUCAACUAAAUUGCGAAUACGUACACUUGUUAUUUUAAUUAAUUUAAUAAAACCGUAUUUAAUAUUCAUUAAGGAAGUGUUUUUCAUGACAGUAUUGUAAAUCUAUGUAUGUACCAUAAAAAAGGAUAUAUUGCAAUUAAAUACUUUCUUCCACUGAAUGCACAA